CCUCCCUGUGUCACCGCCUGCGUCAGACCAGACGCCAGGAGGGAGUUUUCCACUGACGAAAAACGCUGCGCUUCUCGGCAGUCUGCUACAGACAAGGGAAGCGCUUCAGCUGGUACGGAGCCCCGUACGGCAGAGACACACACAGACAAUAGCACCCGAGGAUAAACGCUGUAUUCGUUCGUGCCAUUUGGAUUACUAUACUGUUAUCCCACCGGCUGUUUAUCCAACGCUAUUUUGUCCCUAAUGGUGAUCGGAUACUUGAAUUGGUGAUUGUUCACACUAACGCCAUGAGUGGGCUUCUCAAGAGGAAGUUUGAGGAGGUGGAUGAGGACCCAUGCUACUCCUCGCCCUCCUCCCUCUCCUCUGCCUGCUCAGGCUGGGACUCGGAGGGGGAGAGCUGCUACUCGGACACCCUGGAUUCCACUCCCAGCAACCCCAGCUCCCCAGCGACAAAUUUCAAUACAACAUCCAUCCUCAAGAAAUCAAAGAGAGCACGACGGGGCAACGUUACCUUUGACCAGGUGACAGUGUUCUUCUUUCCUCGGUGCCAGGGCUUCACUAGUGUUCCCAGUCGAGGAGGAUGCACUCUGGGUAUGAUGCAGCGCCACAGCGCGCUCCGCACAUACACACUCGCUGAGUUUGCUGUGGAGCAGCGGCUCCUACGCCGGGAAAAAUUCCUCAACAGGCUCAGGGAAGAGAAACUGGAGGCUCUCAAACUGAAGCUGACUAAGAAUGGAACCCAGGAGAGCGAGGAGGCAGAGCAGCUGACGGUGGACGACAUCCCUGAGCAGGACAUCGACAUCAGUGGAGCCAACCUCGACGAAGGCUCUUUCCUCCAGCCUUACCCGUCUAAGCGCCGCUACGCACUGCUGAAAGCAGCCGGUGUGAAGAAGAUCGACAAAGAGGAGAAGAGGCAGCUGCACGAGCUGAGGAUCUCCAGGGAGAACUGCGGUUGUGACUGCCAGGGCUUCUGCGAGCCAGAGACCUGUAGCUGCAGCCUGGCUGGCAUCAAAUGUCAGAUGGACCAUUCCUCUUUCCCAUGUGGCUGUACCAAGGAUGGCUGCGGGAACACAGAAGGUCGCAUUGAGUUCAACUCCACCAGGGUACAAACGCAUUACAUCCACACUAUCAUGAAGCUGGAGCUGGAGAAGAGGCUGGAGGAGCAGUCUAGCACAGAGGAGGAGGAAGAGAACACGAGCGAGGCCACCCCAUCGCAGACUACCCCUCACGGGCCCCUUGGUUUACCCAUUCAGGCCGAGCACCCCUCCAUACCCGCAGUGCCCUCCUUCCCCUUUAGCUCGGAGCUGGCGGCAGCUGGAGAGAACAGCUGCAGUAGCGAUAUGACAGACUUAUCAGACUCUUCAGGUCAGAGUGAGUACUCCGAGGCAGGCGAGAGCCCGUGUGAGCAUCGCACCCAGCUGGAUGUCGACGAGAAAGGCCUUAGCCGCAUCCUCAGUUUCAGCGACACAGAGAACUGCUCAAGAAGUAGCAGGGACGGUGGGGAUAAGAACAGUAAAGACACUUGCUGCCCAGAUCAACGGCAAGAGCAACAGCAGCCAUCUACGGAGGCAUUUAGUAGCUUUAGCAUGGUGGAUUUUGCUGACGAGAAUGACAAUAUAGACGUUGCACUGUUGGACUCUGAAGAGGAUCACACAGACAAUCGAGCAACAGCCAUCUCAGAACUUUUGGAUGAGAACGCCAACCAGGGAAACGCCCUAUUCCAUAGCAGUAGUGUGCCACACACACCUUCCCCCACCAUCGAUCGCUCAGCAAGCUAUAGCAUGGACCUGAGCCUCUCUUCAGAGUCAGACCUGGAGUUCUUUGACGGUUUCCCCUGCUUGGGGCCCAGCUCGCUCUACAACUCCCUCAAGGAGUACGAACACAUGGACAACUUUUUUCAGUUUCAGCUGCCUAGUUACCCCAGCCUCCCUCCGGCUAGUGACCCCGGGACCUGCCUCCUGGAGUCACUGAUUGGCCUUUCAGAAUCCGUCCCAGAACCCCCUGCCACAUUUACAGACAAUCAGCUGUUGGAGGAAGCCAUGAAAUUGUCUGUGAUGGAGUCUGUGAAAGUUUGACAAAACGUGAAAAUUUGUGGACAGUGCAAGAAAAAAACAGGGGUUUUUCGGGGGGACUGUACAUGCACAUAAGAUGUCAAUGUCAACAUGUUUGGUUUUUGGAGGAAGCUGUGAUUUCCCUCUUGCCUAAUAAAUGUUAAAAUUCCAGACUUGCCUUCAAAACGUUAGCAAAGCAGUUUGGGAGUAUUGCUGUGUGAGAUGGCAGCUAGUGUUAAAAGUGAAAAGAUACAAAAUAAUGAUCAAAUUGACCAGGCCCACAUAAACCAAUGAUGGCUCUCAAUUCCUAAGAAAGCUCUUUUAACCAAACCAAGAUCACCAACCAUAUGCUAAACAGGAAUCAACCUUAAUGAGGCCAGGUUGGGAAUCUCAACACAGCUGAAUGUGCACCUCAGGGAUUUUUUUCUAGCUUUCUAGCUUUUGGAGGCAAUGUGUGGUGACCAUUGCUGUGAUGGGCAUGGUUUUGCCUUCAUAUGAAAGUCAAAUCACAACAUAGUCCUGUUCAUAUCCUCCCUUUGGGCCCAGAUGACUUGAGUAGGUGGGGUCCUCCUUGUGUUGAAUCCUGAAGCUAGUGGACUCUUUCUCCUCAAGAUCUUUCCUAAGGGUCUUAUAUGGUACAAAAAAAAAUCCCUCUAAAAGCUCCUCGAUCAGCACUUUAUCUGUGAAAAUAGUUAUAUAUGAAUAGGCAUUGUUUUGGUUGUAUGGGGUCGAUUCAACAGUUCAACGCUAAAUUAUGGAGUUUCAUAUUUAUGAGCGGGGUAACUAGAAAUAAUGCUCAUACCAUUAAAAGCUGUAGCUGUAUUGUCUUUAUUACUUUUGUUUUAAAUUAUUUCCUUUAUGAUUUUAUUUUAUUUAUUUCAGAUUAAGCCUACUUUCACUCAAGAAGCACUGUGGUUUGAUAUUUUCACCUGAAAGUGCAAUCUUCCUUCCUUUUUUCCAUAUCACGUUUUGGCAUUGUUAUGGGAAAUAGGACCACAAGUCCAUCGGAAAGUAUUUAAUAUCUAUUCUCUUAUACAGUACAUUUAACAUUUUUUUUUGUAACUUAUUAUGUCAUUAUUUCAUUAGUUAUUUAAUUUAAGACAUUUUGGCAAUAAAAUGGGCUGUUGUGAAGUUUACUGGAUGUGCCUGCUUAUCAGGGGAGCCAUGCCUGCCAAUGGUGUGUGCACAGUGCUUCCAUUUAAGCUUUGGGACUGAAAACUGUGGAAUCUCCCUAAUCACUGAAACUAAAUUAUGGGUCUAUUGUAUCGCUGCCUAUAAUGUAACCAUAGAAAAUUACACUAAUAUUUUGUAACUAAUUUAUGUAGGUUGACAAAAGAAUUCUAAUCACUGACAAAUUGAAUAUUUUAUUAAUAAAAUGAAAUGAGUAAUUUUCAA